AUGAUGGACCCAUUCGAUGAUAGUGAUAAUGUAGAAAGUGAUAAUGACAAUAACAACAACAAUAACAAUAAUAACAAUGGCAAGACUUCCAAGAAGUCAACUGCUAAAGCAACAGUACCAGCACCAGCAUCCAAGAUGUCAAGAAUAGCAUUCUUGGACACGAGAAACACUGAUACUGGAGGUGACAAGAAACGACAAAAAGAAAAAGACUUGGUCAAUCGCAAAGACAAGAAACGUCAAAGAAAGGACAUUGAUGACAAAGACUUGGACAUAGAUAAAGACAAGAACAAGGACGAGGACGAAGACAAGGACAAGGAUGAGGACGAGGACCAUCCAGAUGAUGGAGGCGACGACGAUGGUGGUGGUGAUGAUGGAGGCGAUGAUGGAGAUGAGAACAAAUCAGACGAUGAAUAUAAGAACAAUGAUCCAGUCAAGUACCAUAUACAUAUACCUGAAGAGACGGGAGUCUAUAUUUGGGGCACCCGAACCAAGGUCCAAGACGUACAAACAAAGUUCAGGAACUUUAUACACAACUUCAGAUUGAAGAGACGUCCAAGAGCCGACGACAUUGAUGAAGACGAUGUCGAGCCACGCGACGACGAUGAAGAGGCAGAAGACGAGCAGGACAAAGACCAAGACAUGAAUGGCAAUGGUCAUGGCCCAUACCAACAUCAAUCAUUGUAUCUCAACCUGCUUGAACAGCUGCAUGUGCGCCGUGGCAGACAUCUCAACAUCAACUUCAGGUACCUGGUCGAGUUUGAUAAGGAGCUGCAUGGACUGUGGAUACGCUAUCCAAACGAGCUGAUACCAUUGCUCGACCAGGAGAUCAACGCCAUCUACCAAGAGAUGUACCCCGAUGACGACAUGGAAGACUCUGGCGAUUCGCGUCUGCCCAUCGAGCUGCAUCCAUUCAAUCUGGAUCAGGUGCGCCCAAUGCGUCAGCUCAACCCGUCGGAUAUCGACCAGAUCAUUGCCAUCCGCGGCCUGAUCAUUCGUACCAGCGCCAUCAUCCCCACACUGGUGCGCUGUUUCUUCCAGUGCUCAAACUGUGGCGCGUGCGCCGAGUCUGAUGUGGUCAAGCAAAAGGUGAUCGAGCCUGCAACCUGCACCAACACAUCAUGCAAGGCCAAGGCCUCGAUGAAGCUGGUGCACAACCGAUGUACGUUUGGCGAGAAACAAUUUGUCAAGUUGCAAGAGACGCCCGAUGCCAUACCCGAGGGUGAGACGCCACACACCGUCUCCAUGUUCAUCCACUCUGAGCUCAUUGACAUUGGCAAGCCAGGCGACCGCGUUGAGAUCACCGGAGUCUUCAAGGCCAAUCCAUCAAAGUCCAGCGCAACAACUCAAUACCUUCGCGCCAUUUACAAGACAUACAUCGAUGUAGUACACAUCAAGAAGAUAGAGAAGGUUAGGAAUGAUGAGGGAGGAAACGGAUCGGUGGAGAGCAACCUGCAGCUUAUGGAGAGCUUGGACGACGUGGAGAUAACGUUGGAGCGAGAGAAGGAGUUGAAGGAGCUGUCACAGCGCAGCGAUAUUUACGACUUGGUGACGCGAUCGCUUGCACCCAGCAUCUGGGAGCUGGAGGACAUCAAGAAGGGUAUCCUCUGCCAGUUGUUUGGCGGCUCCAACAAGAACUUCCAGGAGGAGGGUGGAAACAGGAUCCGUGGCGACAUAAACAUCCUGCUAUGCGGUGACCCCGGUACGAGCAAGUCGCAGAUGCUCUCAUUCGUACACAAGAUCGCGCCCCGUGGUAUCUACACUAGUGGUAAGGGCAGCAGUGCCGUCGGACUGACGGCGUACAUUACUCGCGAUCCAGACACACGUGAGACCGUGCUCGAGUCGGGCGCGCUCGUGCUGAGCGACCAGGGUGUGUGCUGCAUCGAUGAGUUUGACAAGAUGUCGGACCACACGCGUUCCAUCCUGCACGAAGCCAUGGAACAGCAGACAGUGUCCGUUGCCAAGGCCGGCAUCAUCUGUACGCUGAACGCCCGUACCAGUAUCCUGGCGUCAGCCAACCCCAAGGAGAGCAGGUACAAUCCACGUCUGUCGGUCGUCGAGAACCUCCAGCUGCCGCCAACGCUGCUCUCACGUUUCGACCUCAUCUACCUCGUGCUGGACAAGCCCAACGAGCGCAGCGACCGCCAUCUGUCGCGCCACAUUGUCUCACUGUUCUGGGCGGAGAAGCCGAUCCCCGAGUGGCACAUGCCACACGACCUCCUUUCCGACUACAUCGCAUUCGCUCGCAAGAAGAUACAUCCAAAGAUCCGUGAGGACUCUGUCGAGUCGCUGGUCAACGGCUACCUGGAGAUGCGAGCGAGGGGCGGUGGCAAGACGAUCACCGCCACGCCGCGUCAGCUCGAGUCGCUGAUACGUAUUGCCGAGGCACACGCCAAGAUCAGAUACUCACCCGAAGUCGAACCAGUUGACGUUGCCGAGGCCAUCAGACUGGUCAAGGUGGCGCUUCAGCAGGCAGCCAUCGACCCACACACAGGCACCAUCGACAUGGACCUCAUCACGACCGGCAGGAGUGCCUCGUCACGUGAGGAGAUUGGUCGUGUGAAGGACGCCAUCAUUGAUGUGUUCCAGAGCAGCGAUCCGAGCAGUGGCACACCCGAACAGCUCUUCAAGAGGCUCAUGGCCAGUGCCCACAACAGCAGCAAGUCAUCGGUAUCAUUCCAACAUGUGACCGUCGAUGAUGUCCGCGAGGCAUUCAAACAGUUGGAAGAAGAGGAGUCUGUCAGGAUGAAUGACAAUGUAAUAAAGAAUAAGAGUGAUGUGGCCAACACUUCAAUGAAGUUGGUUCAUUUAAACAAAGUCCAAAAGAUGUUGUGGCCUGUACCUGUCAUUGAUGUUGUCCGUUGUUUGAUUGAUUGGCUUGGUUUGUUGAUGAUACUAUUUAUCGCUAUCGUUAAAUACAGUGAAUAG